UACGUUUAUUUGACGUACGAAGGAUUUUUUUACAAUUGAUAAAUUAUACCGUUGCAAAAUUGAAAUAAAACAAAGUGAGCUUUAAAGUAAAGUCGAGUGUAAAAAAACAACAAUCAUGGACAAAGAAAGACAGGACGGAUUUACGCCUGAGAUGGAAGCGAGGAUGUACGCGCCUUUGGAGUGGGAUUCACCGGUGACAUGCAAAAUUCAAGAUCUCAAGGAAGCGCAGUACGAGGAAGUUCUGCGCUUGAUUAAAGUUCAGCUACGGGAAAAUCCAGAAAGAAUAUCUAUCUGCCAUCAUUACUUCCGAGAAGAUCCAAUGUGCAAAGCGAUCUCUUUGCUGCAAGAUCAAAAAUCCGUGAACGAAUAUGUUGAUCUUAUAAGAACGUGGCUGAAGGACACAACGAGUUUGGUAGCGCUCAGUUCAACAUCUGGGCGUGUUAUUGGAGUUGCGGUUACGCGAAUAAAUAGUAAUUCGGAUAAAAUCGACAUGUAUAAUCGCGCGCAAAAUUUCGAGGGAGACAGUCUAAAGAAAAUUAUGGACCUUAUCAACGCCGUAAUAAAACAGACAAACCCGUACAAAGAGUUCAAUUGCGACACGUAUUUUCGAAUUUAUAUCCUCUGCGUUCAUCCAUCUUAUCAGCAAAAAGACAUCGAUGCGGCUCUUUUGAGAACUUGCUUUCAAGUUGCGUCCACACUGAAUCAGCCAGCUAUCGCCGGCGUUUUCACAUCGGGUCAUACUCAGUCGAUGACGCUGACACUGGGCUUUCGUCUUGUAUCGGAAAUUCGCUACAAUCGAUGGGUAGUUAACGACGAAAUCGUAUUUGACGAUCCAGGCAAAGGAAAUUAUUCAGCCGCUUUUAUGGGAAUGCGAAUUCCUGCCGACGAAGAUUCGCAACAUAACUCCGAAGAUGUUAAACAAUAG